AUGUUUACCGGCUUGGUUGAGAAGAUCGGCGCGGUCACGUCGCUAGAAGCUCAGGAUGAGACAGCUAGUGGCGGUGGCGGAACGUCUUUGACAAUAUCCAAUUGCGAGGAAAUACUUACGGACUGCCAUCUGGGUGACAGCAUCUGUGUCAAUGGAACAUGCCUAACCGUAACCGCCUUCGACAAAUCCUCCUUUAAGGUAGGAGUCGCUCCGGAAACCCUACGCCGCACGAACUUAGGCUCCCUCACAAACGGGUCCUAUGUCAAUCUUGAACGUUCUGUUACUGCCUCGACACGGAUGGGCGGCCACUUCGUCCAAGGCCAUGUCGACACUGUCGCAAAAAUCUUAUCUGUCACGCCAGAUGGCAAUGCGCUGACCUUCCGCCUCCAGCCACGGGACAAAAGCUUGUUGAGAUACAUUGUUGAGAAAGGAUAUGUUACAUUGGACGGCGCAAGUUUAACGGUGACGAAAGUGGUGGAUGGUGAAGCAGGAUGGUUUGAGAUUAUGCUGAUUGCCUAUACCCAAGAGAAGAUUGUGACGGCUAAGAAGCGUCCUGGAGAGGAGGUCAACGUUGAAAUUGAUAUCGUUGGUAAGUAUGUCGAGAAGAGCGUUCAAUGCUACUUUGAAGGACACGGAGGUGGAAGUGAUUUUGCUAUCCUGGAGAAGAUGGUGGGAAGGCUGGUGGAAGAAAAGCUACGGACUCCAAAAUCUUAA